CACCUGUUAAACAAGUUUCUUUUUAAUGGCAUUCUGCUAUUGUACCCACCCUUAAAAUCUCAACUCUCCGUGUCGCUAGUACAUUUAUCUGAGAACCACUAUCAACACAUAAGGAGUUCAGAAGUCCCCUGUAUAUUAACACCAGCAAUCACUGCAUCGGCACACUAUGUAUAGGCCAGUCAUAGCAUCCCGCAAAUCUUACCCAUUGUGGGUAAUCAUCCUUGGUGUGCUUGGAGUAGGGGCAGUGCUUGGGGUAACUAUUGGACUCUUAGUUCACUUUCUGGCAGUAGAAAACAAGGUCUACUACUAUCAAGGUAGCUUUAAGGUGCUGAAUAUUCCAUAUAACAGAAAUUAUGAGAGGGAGACGUCACCAGAAAGUAACGACCUCAGUGAAAUCCUCGAGACUAAGAUGGUUGAUGCCUUUCAAAAUUCUAACAUUUACAGACAAUAUAUCAGCUCUCAGAUCAUCACAUUGGUUCCUGAUAACAACAGUGUGAUGGCACAUAUAUGGCUGGUGUUCAAGGAUCCCAGGUCAAACAAGGAAAUCACAAGAAGGAGAAUCGAAAGCAUCUUACGUCAGAUGCUGGAGAAGCACUCAGGAUCACCGACUACAGAUCCCACUUCUCUGAAGCUCAUGGAAAUCAGUAAGGUUGAUGCUGAAAAGAUGAUCAACAACCGCUGUGGGAGACGGCCAAGAAUGUCAGCAACCUAUGACAGAAUCAAGGGAGGUUCCACUGCUCAGAAAGGAGAGUGGCCCUGGCAAGCGAGUCUCAGAGUGAAUGGCAGACACUAUUGCGGGGCCUCACUAAUCGGUGCAAGAUUCCUGCUGACAGCAGCUCACUGCCUUCAAAGGACAAAUAAUCCAAAAAACUUAAGUAUUAGCUUUGGCACUGAAGUAUCUCCACCCUACAUGCAACAUUAUGUUCAAGAAGUUAUUAUUCAUGAAAACUAUGUAAAGGGGGACCAUCACGAUGACAUUGCCAUUAUCGUGCUCACUGAAAGAGUUUUAUUCAAGAACGAUGUCCAUCGGGUUUGUCUUCCGGAAGCCACACAGGUUUUCCCACCAGGUGAAGGAGUCGUCGUGACAGGAUGGGGAGCGCUUUCGCACAGCGGUGAAUCCCCACUGUUACUCCAGAAAGCAUCUGUUAAAAUUAUUGACACAAACACUUGUAAUGCUGAAGAAGCUUACAAUGGCAGGAUACUGGACACAAUGCUCUGUGCUGGUUACAUGGAAGGCAAUAUCGAUGCUUGCCAGGGUGACUCUGGAGGACCACUAGUUCACCCCAAUUCUCGAGGUAUUUGGUACCUUGUUGGGAUAGUGAGCUGGGGACAUGAAUGUGGCAAAAUCAACAAGCCAGGGGUCUAUAUGAGAGUGACUGCCUACCGUGACUGGAUUGCCUCCAAGACUGGGAUCUAGCAGGAAAUGGUCUUCUAGUACUGAAUGCAGAUCAUUGUUGCCUGGUACUUGUAACUAUUACUUAACAUCCAUUUCUUUAUUGUUUUUUCUAUUUUGUAUGUACGUGUGUUUGCAUAUGUAUGGGUACAUGUGUGUCUGUGCUCAUGCAUUUUUGUGUACACGCAUAUAGAUGCUCAAGUUAAUGUUAAGAAUCACCCUCAAUUAUUUCACCUCAUUCAGUGAGACAGGCUCUUGGUUUUACUAGUCAGGUUGCUGUUGGGACCCCUGCCUCUGUCUUCUAAGGAUGGAAGUACAGACAGGUCUCUAUGCCCACCAGGUAUUUAUGUGCAUUCUGGGGAUCCCAAUUCCUGUCCGUAGGCUUCCAUGGCAAGUGCUUUAUCACUGAACAAACCCUCAGCUCUCUUGAAAAUAUUUUUAUUCUAUGUGUCUGGGUGUUUUUCUUGCACCAAAUACAUGCCUAGAGCUGCAUCUUGGAUUGGAGUUACAGAUGUUUGUGAGCCACACUGUGGGUGUUGGGAAUUGAACCCAGGUCAUCUAGAAGAGCAGCCAGGACUCUUAACUGUGGAGUCACCAUUUUCUAAAUACUUUCCAUGCUUUUUAAAUGUGUAUAAUGGCCCAUUUUGAAAGAAUUAUAGUCCUAAGAAAAUCUUUGUAAACUUGUAAGAAAAUUCAACAAAACAAAAUAAGAAAUCUAGAGUUUCUUGGUCUAGGAAGCCAUUAGCCAAGAAAGUACUCCCACCAAAAUACUGUUAAAAUACUCUCUUUGUCCUGCUUUAUCAGCCUACGUUAUUACUAUUUCACCAUGAAGUAGGGCUACUGGGUUUUAUCAUGUAGACCUUGUAGUACUAUGGGAGCAUGUUGUUGACUGGUGAUUUAUCAGACUGCAUGAUGAGAGACCAGUGCCUCCCAAAAACCAGGUUGGAAUGUGCUGGAUCUACUUUCAUGUCCAGAGCUUUGUGGAAGGCUGUGGUUGUAACUUUAUCUAGUCUGAAAUGAAUUAUUGAAUUACAACCUCUUUUUACUGAGGCAUUCACACAUCUGAAAUCAUUGUGAGUUUCUCACCACCAAUAAAACCAGAGAGAAAAGCACAUUUUAAGUUACAGAUAAUAAGUAUAGUAAUUCUUCAGCAUAGACACAGAUUUCUGGGAAAAUUCUCUAUGUAUAAUAUAUUUUUAAAACUAUCCAAAAUCAAUAAAAAUGUAUGAUGUGUCCUAAUUAAAACAAAUGUAAAGAAAGAACUUUUUAUUCAGUAAUAGUUCUUGAUUGUGUGUUUACUUAGUGGUUCUACUAUUAAGUAGACUAGUUUUUCUUUCCUCUUGUGGGAGUGAGGGAGGUCACUGUUUCUAGUCCCACUUGAAGGUGAGCACACUAGCCUAGGUGGGACACUUCCAGCCUGUGGAGCUUGAUAAUGUGGUUACUCAUCUUCCCGAUAAAUUUCAGCUCCUGAUUGAUCUAAAAAGUGACUCUUCAAGAAGCUACAGAAGUGAGUGUUAAAGCCUUAGGGUUCAGGACACACAGACACAAAAGCCUGCUUCAGGCUCAUCUCCAGAGCCACUGAUCCCCAGGGGCUACUGUCCCCAUUGGGGUUAGUGUGGUGUCACAUUCUCAAUACAUUCCAGGCAUUCGGGUAUUUCUUAGCCAAUUCAAGAGAGAACCCACGAUUUCCAGUGCCCACCAUCCUGGUGGAGAUAAGAACUUAGAGAGAGUGAGUAAGGAAGUCCUGCUGGUGAUGUUGAUGGAAUAAUGUGGCUGACCCGAGAGCCUACAGCUUGUCAACAACAAAGAGCCAACCACAUAUAAUAACAUUGGUGAGUCUUGGAAGAGGGAUGAGGGGAAGACUAAGAUGUUUCUGGAAGCUGUAGUGGGGCCAGAGAGGAAGAUAGAUAGGCAUGCUGUGUCUUUAGGAAGAUGCCUUAUAAGGGAGAAUAUUAAUCAUUUUUUUCCCCCAAAGGUUUCAUGUCUCUGAGGGUUAUGGUUAAUGGUUAAAGGGUUGAAGGUGGAAGAAAACAUUGGACUUGGUAUUCCCCUUAAGAAAAGAAAAAAAAGGGGGAAUGGAUAGGUAUAGGAUAUUAAGGUAGAUUAUUGU